UGCCCCUCCUCCAUCAGCUGAUAACGGUAUAUGAUGUCAAGGCAGAGCUGGGCAGGAAGUGCACAUUGUGCCUAGCUGGAUCAUGAGGACAAGAAGCUGUUUAAUACAAAACUAUUGGGACAACAAACUACGCUUUUGACGAAAAGGCAGUGGGAGAUGGACAGUUAUCGAAGAGGACGACCAUGGGGAAAGCUAGUCAAGGUGGACUUAAGUGAAACUGUCCUGCUUUUCAACAGGGAAUGCACAGUUGGUAGAAAAAAAGGAUGUUACCUGUCCUUUCCAGCCAACAAAUUGGUCUCAGGGGAGCACUGCAAGAUUGUGCAAGAUGAAGGCUCAGGGCUGGCGUGGCUGGAAGACAUGAGCACUAAUGGCACGGUGAUCAACAUGUCCAAACUAGUCAAAAAGCAAACCCACAUGCUGCAGAACGGCGAUGUCAUCUAUUUUGUAUACAGGAAAAGUGAGCCAGAACAAAACAUUGCCUAUGUUUACCACUCAUUGAAUAUGGAGCCUGCCAUUUCUCAACAUGGUUAUGACAUGGAGAGGUCAGCCCACAGUCCUGCUCCACCUUCAGAUAUGUUGCUUUCUGUGGAGCCUGUAAUGCUCACAAAGGCUCCUCGUGAUCCAACUCAGGAGGAACCUCAGCCCUCCACCUCCGCUUCCCACUUCUGUAUUGGGAGCCCUACCACAUCUUCUGGUCCCACGGCAGCAGCAGCCUGUUUUGCUUCUGGCGCAGCUCAAGAUGCUUCCCCAGCACAUGAAAAAGACAUGGACAACAUGGAGCCAGAAAGCAAGAGGAGGAAAACAGAUGAUGAUAAAGAUUAUGAUUUGGGCCUGCCACACACCUCCUGUACAGAAGUGGUCAGUUCACCUGAGGGAAGUCUUAGGAGUCGUUCAUCUAAACCACAAGUGGAAGGGACGAAGACGGACAAGAUGGAGGAGACCCUGACAUGUGUUAUUUGCCAGGACCUACUCCACGACUGUGUCAGCUUGCAGCCUUGCAUGCAUGUCUUCUGUGCCGCCUGCUACUCAGGCUGGAUGGAGCGUUCUUCUCUUUGCCCCACCUGCCGCUGCCCUGUGGAGAAGAUUCAUAAGAACCACAUCCUCAACAACCUGGUGGAGGCCUACCUCAUCCAGCACCCAGAAAAGUGUCGCAGUGAGGAGGACCUGAAGAGCAUGGACAGCCGUAACAAGAUAACUCAGGACAUGUUGCAGCCAAAAGUUGACCGCUCUUUCUCUGAUGAGGAGGGAAGUUCAGAUUACCUCUUUGAGCUCUCUGACAAUGACAGUGACUCCUCAGAUAUUGGUCAGCCUCUAGUGAUGUGCAGACAGUGUCCUGGCUACAGGAUGGACGUCAGUCAGUUGCUGUUUGCUACAGGUUCAAACUACUGGCUCCCUGGUCUGCCAGCUCCACCUCCCAUACCUCCUCCACCCAAACCAGCAACUGAAGAGGGGUCUGCAAAGCCCACAGGGGAGGAGCCCUCAACCUCCUCUGAUAUCCCCUCAGCUCCUCAGGAGUACCGCUGCCCUCCUCAGGGCUGCCAUCUCAUCUGCACCUGCUGCCUCCAGCCAAUGCCAGACAGACGAGCCGAGCUUAACAGCCAGCAGGUUAUUGCUCAGCAAUGUGUGCUGUGCCAGCGACCCUUCUGUCAUAUGUACUGGGGUUGCCAGAGGAUUGGCUGUCAAGGCUGUCUGGCUCGAUUCAGCGAGCUCAAUCUGACAGACAAAUGCCUAGAUGGUGUGCUGAAUAACAAUAACUAUGAAUCAGAGAUCCUUCAGAACUACCUGUCCUCCAGAGGUAAGUCAUGGAGAGAUCUGCUCCAGGAGUCCCUGCAGGAAUUACAGCAGGGAAACUACUAUCUGACAGAUUGUCGUAUCUCCGCAAAUGCCGUCCUGUGCUUCUGCUGCGGCCUGCGAGCAUUCAAGGAGCUGGCCUACAAGUACAGACAAAACAUCCCUGCAACUGAACUGCCAGCUGCUGUGAAGUCUCGUCCUGACUGUUACUGGGGACGCAACUGUCGUACGCAGGUGAAGGCACAUCAUGCAAUGAAAUUCAACCACAUAUGUGACCAGACACGUUUCAAGAGCUGAAGAAGCAGAGUGGUUUGUUUCUUCACGUGUCAAAUGUAGAUAACUGAGCAUCUCGUAAACACGAUCUUAUUAAGUUUUGUUGUGUCCAUUAUAGCCAACUGCCUUCCAGAUGUUAUGCAAUAAUCUAAUGCCGAAAUUACAAUCAGUAUCCAUUUACAAUAGUGACCUGUGUCUUACCUGACACAGGGCUGUGUGAAAUAAUACUAUGCACAACAACAUUAAAGUUCAAUGUUUACAAAAGGUUUAAGAUGGUUUUUAGAGUCAUGACCUGUUAGGGGCAUUUAACACCAGCCUUUAUUUAAAUUUAGAUAGAUUUUGGCUGUAGCUCGUCUGGCAGGUCACCAACCAUCGGAGUAAUUUAUUUGUUAAAAAUGCUUCCUGAUAUGUCCUCUAGCCUGUGACAAAAAUGUUGGUUUUCUCAGAUUAAGAGCGAGUGAGGCAUUUAUGUGCGUUUUCACAUGUUAGUGAGCAUGUUUUCCAUUAUGUCCUCCUCCAGUCUUGGCAAUUGAGGCUUAUAACACCUUUUAUUUUUCUUGCUUUCUUUAAUUUUGAACAUGUGAAGAACGCUGAGUUAAGAAUCCUGGGCUUCUACUACAUAAUGCCGAAGAAAUAAUACGUAUCAGAGUAAAGUGAUGCAGAGAAUUACCGUAAUAAACUCUGAAGCACCGUUCUAGGCAAGACCCAACCUUGAGACUAUACUAUAAAAUGUGUACGUGUCUUACCUUUAACUUGUUUUCGCCAGGGCAUUACUGUGUUCCCAGACAAGGGCAAAAAGCCACUUUAAAGUCCUGCAUAUGUACUAGUUUAGGUUCAUAAUCCCAGGGGAUUGGAAAGGGAUCACUGGUGCUGUCAGAGGUUACCGGGGGCUCUGUUGUAUUAUUUUGCUCUGGAUAAUCAUCUCCAAGGUGAUUAAAGUAGUGUAGAAGGGAUGCUUUCUCAGAGCCUUGUAGUAAGGACUAAGCUCUAAUGAAAUGCAGUUAGUCCAUGUAGACUCUUGAGAGGAAAAAAUAAACUGCACUCCUGGCAACCAGUAACGGUUAAAUAUGCUGAAGGUGAGGUUGCCUUUUAGUGGAAUUCUGCAGGAUGCACUUGCAAAACCAACGGCGUAAAUAAUUUUGCCAGUACAACACUAUGUUCUGUUAAAUUGUCACUUAUGUUCCCAUUAUACAUGUUAUUGCUUACCUUGCAAGAAUUAUAUAGUUUUUUCAGAUAGUAGAUUUUUCUGUUGAUGUUUUAGGAGAUACUAGUUGGGGUUUUGUUAGCUUUUCUCUGGUUCCUCAGAUACACAAAGCUGCUGUUUUUUGUUUUUUAUUGCAGGUAAACCAUGUUUUGCUGGUUAGACGAGUUCUGUAUCAACAUGUUGAAUCUGGUGACCUCACAUUUAUGACUAUCAUCACCCAAGUGUCAGUAAGACCCCAUCAUGCAAACAUGCACAGCUACUAGAAAUUGACAAAAUCAGUCUGCGACUUACUUAGUCCAGUCAGAUAAGAACAUCCAGACAUUAGUUUCAAGAAGCCUUAUACAGUAUGUUGAAAUACACGGAUGAAGUUAUAGUCUUGAUGUUUGCCUUUUUUGUAGGAUCACUAUUAUUGGUGUGUAGAAAAUGCUGGUGGGUAAGAAGUAGGAUAUGUUAAAAGCAGGCCUUAGCAUGCGUCCAGUACAUUUUGUAUUUCACACACAAAUGCUGGUCUUAGUUUUUCAAUUGAUUUUAGAAGAAUACAUACUAAAUAUGUCUAAAAAUGUUUGCUAGGUGUGAUUUUAUACUGGACAGCUGAGGAUAUUUGCACAUACCUUGUCUCACACAAAUGGAAAGGCGUCUUUAUAAAUUGACAUGGUUAUAAUAUGAACAUACUGUCUUUAUCCAGCGUGAGAGAUGUCAGUACUCUGGCUCAUCAUAAGAGUUUUAUUCCAAAAUGAGAUCAUGUACAUCAUCAGGAAGAAAGAUGAUGUUUUGGAAUGUAGCCCUUCAUAUUUUCAUUGUAAAUGUUGGUGGCAAAAUCGGCAUUUUCCUGGCCUCUGUCUGAGCUCCUGAGUUACUUUGUAGUGGUAGAAAGGUGGUUUAUGUGAUCUUAUUGUUCAAAAUGUUUUUUUUUUUUUACCCCUGAAGUCAUGGUGGGUCCACACUGGCAUUCCUUAGCAGCUCAGGCCCUCUGCAAAAAACCCGGUCGAUAACGCGUCAGAGCGGCUGGGUUUUAAUUAUUCCCUACCGGCGAUCUGGGCACCCUAAGCCAACAACAGUCCCAAGCCGCUCCAAUCAGGAAUUGGUAUUAAAGAGGCUUUAGAGGGGUGCCUUGCAUUCUCCCUGCAGGGUAUGUUGUAUACUAACGCAAAUAUUUACUCAUUUUGUGUGCAAAAGUCUAGACCAGGCUGCUCAGCAGUAUGGAAGAGGCAGGUUUCAUUCUACCUCAUCGCAGCUCCCAAGAAUAUGGGUGACUGAACAGGCAUCAGAGUCGGUCACAUCAGUGCAAAGCUCGGCAUGCGUUCUCAAUAUGAGCGAUUGAAGUCCUUACUGAUGCCUGUAAACUUUGUAUGCAAUGCACUAUUUGAACUGUUAGUCUAGAUUAUAACCAACCUAUAGUUAAUUAUAAUAAAAAAUUAAAGUAGCACUAGGCACAUGCAAGUUGUUGACAAACAUUUGAGAAAUGCCUCUUUACCCUGUAUAUUGUAUUAGCAAUGCUGAAAUUGUCUUUGAAAUAUGGAUCAGAUUUGCUUGUUAAUCUAAACAAAUCAAAUUAAAAGACUGAUGUAGAAGUUGACUUGCUUUUGUCAAUACCAUAAAAGUCUCUUGCAUA